GUAAUUGAAACCAACCCUAAGCUCCUAUUAUCUCCACUCUAAAGGUAGCCCCGAUUAUUGCUAACUUAAGCAUCAGAGUGUCUACCUUGAGUUCCACCUCGGGGCUUUGCAGGUCAAUCCGGAGUGCAGACGCGGACUGAAGAAGGACUUCUGGUUUGAUGCAAUUACAUUUGGCACCAUCUGUCCCCAGCAACCUCCCACCUCACCUCCCACCUCCGAUCCUAAAUAUGUUCCUUCCUGUUGAUCAUGCAGAAGGAGGAGAUGAAAACCAACCACACAAUUCAGCUCAUAACUCAACUUCUAUUGCCAACCAAGACGUAGUUGCGGCUCAGCUUGCCGCCAUGCAACAACAGUUUGGUGUCUUUCAACUAGUAUUGGCUCAUCUUUUAGCGCAAAACAACCCUGACAGCUUAGAAAAGCUAGUAGCUGAACAACGAGGUGCCCCACCACACCGUGCCACUGACUCCAUACCCCACCCUCUGAACACCAACAUCACACUGGAACCCUAUCCUGCUGGCUUCAAAAUACCUCAACUUGAGACUUAUGAUGGGACGAAGGAUCCCGAUGAUCACUUACAUUCUUUCUACUCUUGCAUGCAAGCUCAGAAUGCCUCUGACGCGUUGAUGUGCAAAAUCUUUCCCUCUCCUCUUCGAUGUAAUGCUCGAACCUGGUAUUACAGUCUACCUCUGAGGUCAAUCAGCUCUUAUAUCGAAAUGACAUCUGCUUUUGCCACAAAGUUUUCCAAUAGAAGGUUGAUAAGGAAAACUACUUCUAAGUUGAUGCGAGUUAAACAAAGGGAUGGAAAAUCUUUGAAGAAUUAUAUGAGCAUAUUCAAUGAUGCAGUAUUGGAGGUUAGCUUCUUCGACCAGGCUGUGGGGAUUGCAGCUGUGAUCUCAGGUCUUAAUCAUGAGAAGUUUAGAGAUAAUUUGAUCAAACACCCUACCACCACCUUUAGCGAGGUGAAUGAUAGAUCACGGUCAUACAACAGAGCAAUGCAACAGUCUGAGGGACCACAGCCUCAAGGAACCCGUAAUCCACCAAAUAGACAAGGAGUGGGACAUCAACAAGCCCCACCUCCACUUCCACCAUUAGCCAAAAUCAUACACAUGAUUACAGGAGGAUUGGAAGCUGGAGGGAUGAGCUCCAAACAAAGGAAGUUAUAUGUCAGAGAGGUCAAGCACCAGAACCGAGCUCAGAAAAGGAAAAUUGAUGAUGCUGAAUGGAAAGAUCAACCAAUCACUUUUACACCUGCUGAUUUUGAAGGGGUGCACGUACUUGUUGACACUGGCAGUGCACCUGAUAUCAUGUACUACCACUGUUUUGAGAGCCUAGGGCUCGACCCAACUCUGCUACAACGAUAUGAUGGUCCCCUAUAUGGCUUCAACAACCAACUAGUUCCAGUUGAAGGGAUCCUAACUAUGAAUGUUGCGUUUGGAAGUGGCCGAACCUAUGUGGCUCCCUCAGUUCGGUUUCUAGUGGUUAAGAUGCCUUCUUCUUUCAAUGUUGUCAUUGGCCGGCCCACAUUAACAAAGAUCCGAGCUAUGAAAGACAAAGACCAACUAGCAAAAAAUCCUCCCCAGGAAAUCCAUGACAAUCGGCAAGUGAUGGGAGUUGAAAUCCUUGAUAACCGACCUGAGGAUGAAACCCGAGCUGCUCUAGGUGAAGAUGUUGAGAAAGUACAAAUUGAUGACAGAGAUCCGAACAGGAAAACACAGAUAGGAACUCGACUCAGUCCUGAGGAGAAAGCAGAGCUGAUAACCUUUCUUCGAGAUAACAAAGAUGUUUUUGCAUGGACCUCAGCAAACAUGCCGAGAACUCCCACAUUGGUCAUUAAAGAAGAAGUUGAAAAACUCCUACAAGUUGGCUUCAUCAAACGAGUCGAUUACUGUGAGUGGGUCGCCAAUCCUGUGUUGGUGAAAAAAAUAAAUGGCAAAUGGUGGAUGUGCAUUUAUUAUACUAACCUCGACCAGGCAUGUCCAAAAGACUGUUACCCAAUGCCAAACAUUAAUAAGCUGGUUGAGGCAGCUUUUGGAAACGAGAGAUUAAGUCUCUUGGAUGCAUACUCCGACUACCACCAAGUUCUAAUGGCUCUUGAGGAUGAAGAAAAAACCUCGUUCUAUGCCGGCGAUGAAAUCUAUUGCUAUGUGAUGAUGCCUUUCGGAGGUGCCACUUACCAGAAGAUGGUUACCAUCGUAUUCCAAGCUCAAAUAGGCCGGAAUCUAGAAGUUUAUGUUGAUGAUAUAAUGGUGAAGAGUUUGAAAGCUGAAGAUCAUUUAACCAACCUUGAGGAGACAUUCAACAAUUUCAGAAAGAACAGAAUGAGGUUGAAUCUAGCAAAAUGCAUCUUCGGUGUGGAGUUUGGAAAAUUUCUAGGCUUCAUGGUGUCUAUAAGGGGGAUUGAGGUUAACCCCGAGAAGAUCAAAGCAGUGGUCGAGAUGGAACCACCAAAGUCAGUAAAAGAUGUACAGAGGCUGACAGGGAGAGUAGCAGCUCUUCAUAGAUUCAUCUCAAAAUCAGUAGAUAAAUGCUUACCGUUCUUCAAAAUCAUGAGAUUGGUAGCCCAGAAGGAUGAAUCUGGCAAACAAAAGAAGUUUGAAUGGAAUUUAGAAUGCCAAGCUGCAUUUGAUGAGCUGAAGUCUUAUCUUAGCUCACCUCAUUUGUUGACAAAGGCUAAUGAUGGAGAAAUCCUUUACUUGUACCUUGGCAUAUCAGAUGAAGUUAUCAGUUUUGUGCUAGUGAGGGAAGAAGGGAAGCAAUAAAAGCCAGUUUAUUACACCAGUAGUGUGUUACAUGGAGCUGAAAUCAGAUACUGUAUUGCUCAGAAAGCAACCUUAACAGUUGUCACCCCGACCAGGAAGCUGAG